GCGAGAAAUCACGAAUGCACCUGACAUCCCCUCAUUGAACGACUUAAACCCACCAGUGACCUCAAUUGAGCACAAUCAUGGCAGAUGAAGAUGUUUCUGAUGCAGACAAUAUUCGUAUUAGAGACUUCGUAGUCCGAUUUCUCUAUGAUUACAAUCUUGCAAAGGGAGAAGGUGUUCCUGGUACUGUAAUUCAACAAUCCUAUAUCGAUCAAGUUGAUCGCGUUGCGGCAGAAAGUUCCACCUUCAUCAAGAACCAGAAGAGGAUAUUCAAGACUGUUGUGAACCUUAUGAUAGAAGAGGUAAUGAAAACACCAUAUUCUAACUAUAUCCACUAAUGUUCUAACAUCUUCCAUAGGGCACGACGGUGGAUUUAUUUGAAAACAGUGACGGAAAGAAUGUUUUGCGACUUUACGAUUUUGUCGGACCUCGAGAUAUCUAUUCGUCUUCCAACAAGGAAAACUCCAACGAACACGCUGAACAAGUUCCAGUACCAAAUGUACACCCCGAUAAAUCACAUAAGAAGAUCAAUCGAAACUUGAUGGAAGGCAUUGACCCAAAAGGAUUAGCCCCGAAAUUUAGAAAAAGAAGAAUAACAGAGGUGGAAGAGAGUGAUACUUCUGGGAAUGACACUCAUUCUAUAAGCUAUUCAAACUUGGGCAGCAGAAACCCUAGUCCUCAGAGAUCAGAACGACCUGCACUUGCGUCUCUAGAUGGAAAUCGAAGAAUCUCUGCUCCGGAGCAAUUUUACAGCCCAUCCGUUCCGUCUGAGCAUUACCCGCAGAUGGAAUUUUUUCCGAAUCAAGAGCCAAAGGAUGAAAAGAUGGUAAGCAGGUUUGAGAUCAUUAAUGGUAUCCUGAACUGACUAAUUUAGUUGUCCCUACCAAUUUGGCUCCAAAGAGGGCUAAGUGAGCUUCAUCAAAAAUAUCCAGAUUCCCGGUUCGAAGCAACAGAUGGCUACGAUAUUACAUGCACCGAUUGUGAUACCGAACACAAAGUUGCAAAGUACAAAAAAACAAACAAUUUCGAGAAUCAUUUGAAAUCCAAAAGCCACCUCGAAAAUGUCAAAUUUAGACUUGACAAUUUUACUUCGUCCAGACCUCCAUCUGCGCUAUCAACAUACUCAGCUAUGCCGCCACCGCCAUUGCCUUUCCAUAUUCCAGCUGUUCCGCCUGUAGUAGCACUGCCAGAUAAUUCGAAUGCGGAUGGUGGACUUUUAGAAAGUAUGAUAGCAAAUGUUGUACAACAAAGCACGGGACCUUUGACUGCACAUAUUCGCAAUCUGGAAAAUCGACUGUUAGCAUCAGAAAAUACACAUAAGCAAAAGUUUGAAAAGAUGACUAGGCAACUUGAUGAAUCGGAGAAUCGUAACCGUGAACUUUUUUCACGGUUGGAAGAGUGUAAAUUAUCAACAGAAGAACUGAGCGCUAGACUUCUUGCUACCGAAGCUGAAUCCAGAGAACAAAAGGAGCUUUCUAACCGUGUAAGGUUAUUAGAGCAGACUAACGAGUCGUUGCAAGCCUCAAGAAGUAGUCACGCAGCACAACUCAAAGAUGCACAGGGCAGUAUAAAAGCGCUUAAGCAGGUAGGCAUGUUCUCAAAAGACAAUCCGUGGGAGAGAAAUUCAGCAAGAGGGAAAAUAUCGAAUGUAAAACUAAUAUUUUUCCCAGGCACCUAUUCCAAGUAUUGAAUCUGCAAUAACAGAUCAUGCUAAUCGACUAAUGACUCUCGGUAAACGAUAUGAAGGCACGGCACAAGAUUUGUCACGUCACUGUCAACUGGAAGAGGAUCUUCGCAACAAGAUGAUAUCUCAGAUGGAAGGCGAACAUCAAAAACUUAAUGAACGUGUCAAUCUUUUGCAGACUGCAGUGGCUUCACGUCAUGGUGACCUUGAAGAAUUGAACAAUAAAGUUUCACAUGGUCCCCAGCAUGAUCAAAGCAAGUCUGAUGCUCUGAGGUCGCAGCUUGCCUCGGAAUCAGAUGCACAUCUUAGACAAUUCUCCAUCAGAAUAAAGGCUAUUGAGAAGAAGGUUAUUCAAGACUCUAUGCAGUUUACUGCUUUGGAUCAUAGGACUGCCGAGUGGAUUGGUACUACUGAUAGGAAGCAUGAUUCUAAGCUUGCAGAGUUGGAAAGCGCGAUAAGCGAAAGACUUCUUACUGUCAGAGCCGGCCUAAUGGGCCAUAUUGAUGAUCUGAAGAAGCAGCAGACAGGAAAAGAUGGUGCAGUAGAUGCAAGAAUUGAAAGAAGGCUAGCGGCGGCAGAGAAAAUGAUUGGAACCGUGCAUAAUCAACUUUUGACCUCCCAGAACCAACUCGCAGCUACGGAGCAGACCCUCUCAGAAUUCGUGUCAAAUUUUAGAGUACAUAAAUGCCAUACAGAAAGUUUGGCCUCUAAUUGGAAGGCAUGGCAAGAAGAACGCGAAGAAGAAUUCCGCAAUUUGGAUAUUGAGGUCAUGAAAAAUUCUUCUGCCAUGGAGGAGUUGCAGAUUGAACAUACAGUAUUCUUGGAGACUACUCCAAAAACUAUUCAACAAGUGGAGAGGCGUCUGGAAGAGCAGAGCCAAGCUUCCAUUAACGAACUUCUAGAGAACUUAAAAUCAUCUGAAGGAGCAUUGACAGAAAAGAUUUGUGCUUUACAAGAAACGCAGGUAAAAUAUCGCCAAUUCGCUCUUGAACUCCAGCAUAAGCAAUCCGAUACGCUAAUGAAUAGGAUGGAUGAAAAGGUGCACAAUUUGGAGAGAAUGUGUGUGGAUUUGUCUCAGAAAACGAAAGAAAUUCAAAAACAUAGCACAUUUAUCAUGGAUCAAAAGAUGCAAGAGCGACUCAAAAGCGAAUUUCAAAGUCACAAAGCCACAGCUGAGUCUUUGAUUCGGAACUUUGUUUCCAAGAGAGAUCGCGAGCUACAAGCUAAAUAUGAGGAGACAUUUAAGCCUAUGUUGAUGAAGUUUUUGACUGAAAAGGACCAAGCAUUGAGGAAGGAGUAUGAUGAGAACAUUGAAAAUGCUUUUCAGGCACGCAUGCUCUCUCGGGAGAAGGAGCUCGAAAUUAAGUAUGAGGAAAGAUUCAAACCUUUGAUUGCCAGUUUUUUGAUAGAUCAGCAAAAGGUACUCAGAGAUGAGUACGAGGCACGCAUUGAACAGUUACUGGGUGUUUUCAAGGACGAAAUAUUAUCAGCAGAUAAGGAAAAUAAAAAUCCAAGCGUCAAAUCCGAAGAAGAGCUCAAGUCCCUAGUCCUCGAUGUCACAGAAGAAAGAGAAUCAGCCCUUUUGAAGGAGCACGAGGCAGAUAUUGAAGAACUAAUUGGGAUUCAUCGAGCAGAGAUGGGAUUACUUGAAGAACAGACUCUAGAGCGUUUGUUGACGCUAGAGCAGGUUAUUAAAGAUCAAGCUCAGCAGAUUGAGGAUAUGGAUUGCGUGUUUCCUUUGGUAUUGGAUGAUUUGAAUGGGUUGAUGAUGAAGCGGAGACUUCGUGAUCGUGGUUUGAAAAAGGAUAGAGGGAGAGUUUGUAAAGAUGGUAGAUAGAUGGAUGAUUUUUGGAACUAAAAAUAAUGAGUUAAUGAUAUGUGAAAAACUGAGGGAUUGAGGGUUGAUGUUAGUUAGAUAGAUAGAUAGAUCGCGGGAUGGUAAAAUGUAAGAGGUUAUUUUUUCUGGGCGGGCGCAUUUCAAGGAUGGGCAGGUAGUGCGCAUGGUAAAAGUUCUUAUCAGAGGGAGAGUAAUGGAUGAGCGUUAACCUUAUGGAUGAAUAAUGCUGGAGGACUGCGCAAUUUUUCAGAAGAUGGUUAUGGAUGUUAGUAAAACAAACGGGCAAAUAUUAGGAUAUUUUUCGACUUUUUCUUCUCGGUGGUAAUUAAUGGGAGUUGUGCAUUUGGAGAUCGUGGUAGAUAUGAGAUAGAUGUCGUUGGAUUUUUUGCGGGGAGAAAUUGGAUCACUGGUGGGUGGAUAUGAGGGGGGAGAUAUAGGGAUGAGAUAUAUUUGUAUAGUAUUAGAA